UUCGGAUGUUACUGUCAAAUCUGACAAGCAGAAGCGCAUCCGCUUUCUUUUUCGGCUGAAUAUUUGUCGCUUAAACAGGGCAAAAUGUCGCUCGUCAUCCCAGAGAAGUUCCAGCACAUUCUUCGUAUCAUGAAUACGAACAUUGAUGGCAAGCGCAAGGUUGGCAUUGCCAUGACUGCCAUCAAGGGUGUGGGUCGCCGCUACUCCAACAUUGUGUUGAAGAAGGCCGAUGUCGAUCUAACCAAGCGUGCUGGUGAAUGCACCGAGGAGGAGGUUGACAAGGUUGUGACCAUCAUCUCUAACCCUCUGCAAUACAAAGUGCCCAACUGGUUCCUCAACAGACAAAAGGACAUCAUCGAUGGCAAAUACUCGCAGUUGACUUCAUCCAACUUGGAUUCUAAGCUGCGUGACGAUUUGGAGCGCUUGAAGAAGAUCCGCUCUCAUCGCGGUCUGCGUCACUACUGGGGCCUGCGUGUCCGUGGUCAGCACACCAAGACAACCGGUCGUCGUGGUCGCACUGUCGGUGUGUCCAAGAAGAAGUAAACAUCCAGCUGAUAGUACGGUCUACAUUUCCAGGCUGCAACUGAGUUUGCUUAUUGUUCUACUUUAACAUCAAUUCAAAACAAAAAUAUAAAAAACAAACAAAAA